AUGCGACCGGACAUUUCCCUCAACUUCACAGGCUAUCUCUGCUCGGUAAUUUACGUUCUCAUGCACGUGGACAUUUCUAUACCAGAGCAAUUCAAAUGGGACCCAGAGUUAGACUGCCCCUCGGGUUCCCGGGGCCCUGCCUCUAGGCUCUCUAGGCUCAUUGCGGCCCAGUACUCUGGCGCAAAGGUGAAAGUGGCCGACAACUUCUUAUUUGGCAAAACCAACAAAUCCGAGCCAUUCCUGAAGAAGUUCCCCAGCGGCAAGGUGCCAGCUUUUGAGACCGCUGAUGGCAAAUACUUAACCGAGUCGAAUGCCAUUGCCUUCUUUUUGGCCAACGAGGAGCUGCGCGGUGGCAAAUGCCCCUUUGUACAGGCUCAGGUACAGCAAUGGGCAUCGUUUGCUGACACCGAAAUUUUGCCUGCCUCCUGUGCUUUGGUAUUCCCACUGUUGGGCAUAUUGCCGCAGGAGAAGAACGUCGCUAAAGUGAAGCAGGAUGUGGAGGUUGUGCUGCAGCAGCUGAACAAGAAGCUGUUGGAUGUUACCUACCUCGUCGGUGAACGCAUCACUCUGGCCGAUAUUAUUGUAUUCUGCACCCUGUUGCAUUUAUACGAGAAUGUUCUGGAGCCUAGCGCUCGCCGUGAUUAUGUCAAUUUGAACCGUUGGUUCUUGACCAUUUUGAACCAGCCCCAGGUUAAGGCUGUUCUCAAGGACUUCAAGCUGUGCGAGAAGGCGUUGGUCUACGAUCCCAAGAAGUAUGCUGAAUUCCAGGCCAAAAAUCAAAAGGAUACUAAGCCCAAAGAGGAGAAGAAGCCCAAGGAGAAGAAGGAGGCACCCAAGAAGGAAGUCGAAGAGCUCGAUGCUGCCGAUGAGGCAUUGGCUCUUGAACCAAAAUCCAAGGAUCCAUUCGAUGCCAUGCCCAAGGGCACCUUCAACUUUGAUGACUUCAAGCGCGUUUACUCCAACGAAGAUGAGGCCAAGUCCAUUCCUUAUUUCUUUGAGAAGUUCGACGCCGAGAACUAUUCCAUCUGGUUCGGCGAAUACAAAUACAGCAACGAGCUGUCCAAGGUGUUCAUGUCGUGCAAUCUCAUCACCGGCAUGUUCCAGCGUCUGGAUAAGAUGCGCAAACAGGCAUUCGCCUCAGUGUGCCUCUUUGGCGAUGACAACAACAGCACCAUCUCCGGUGUGUGGGUGUGGCGUGGACAGGAUCUGGCCUUCACCCUGUCACCCGACUGGCAGAUCGAUUAUGAGGUCUACGACUGGAAGAAACUGGAUGCAAAGAGCGAGGAGACCAAGAAGCUUGUUACCCAGUACUUCUCAUGGACCGGCACCGAUAAGGACGGUCGCAAAUUCAACCAGGGCAAGAUUUUCAAAUAAAUUGCAUUACAAAUUCUCCGAGAUUCAAAAUGCAGCAGCAGCAGCAGGAGGCACAAUGCCUAUUUCUAAGUUCCAACUGAUUAGUAAUUAUAAAUGAGAGUCGAAAACGUCGUGCUGUGCAAAACAUCUUAAAUACAUAUUGUCCUGGUUUGCUCAGCACACCAAAUUUUUGGUAUUUCAUGUUUCAGCCUUCUGCAUUUUCAUUAACUGAAGAAUUGUUUUGUAAUUGCGUUUAAAAAAAACACACACACACACAUUAAAUGUCGAAUCGACCAGA